UCGCGUCUUGCCCUCUCCUCGGACCCGAGUGCACCGCCGGACUCCCGACCGCCGACUCGACGCGGACCCGCCGGAGCGAUGCCCGAGCCCCCGGCGGACCCGUGAACGCCGUCCUGACCAGAGACGCGGUGCGCCCCGCCGGACCGCCGCCACUGGAUCUCGGCCCGGGAGCGAGGCGCCGCGCUGAGCGCGCGUCCGGUGACCGCGGCCUCCGGGGCUGCGCACCCUCGGCCGCCUGCUGCGCUCGCUGACCGAUCCCACCCCCAGGUGGACCACGAGGUGACCCCGCGAGUUCCGUGCGCGAGAAGUGGCGCCGCGCGCAGUGCCCCCUACCUGCGACACCUCCGCCGAGAAAACGGUACCGGGAUUGUGAUCAGUGCGUGACGCGGCGCGUCCGACGGCCACCGACGUCCACGCGCGUCGGAUCAUGCGACACCCCUCGCCCGGAAUCCCGCACCCUGCGUAGUCGACGAUCGACUCUGACACCGACCAUGGAGUGCCGCAGGCCCUGGCCGAAGGACCUGCUCAACGGCUUAGUCCUCGUCUGGCUGUUUACCAGCAGUUGCACCGUCGCCUCGCAAAAUAAAGAGAGGUAUGCCACGGUGUACGCUUGCGAGGGGAAGACGCUGGAGAUCCAGUGCAACCAGGGCGAGCUGAUACACCUGAUAAGGGCGAACUACGGCAGGUUUUCGAUCACCAUAUGCAACGAGCAUGGGGACACCGAGUGGAGUGUCGACUGCAUGUCGCCCAAGUCCUUCAGGGUCCUCUACAACGAGUGCAACGAACGUCGUUCUUGCUCGGUGGAUGUGCACAGCGGGAUUUUCGAGGAGGACCCCUGUCCCGGAACGAGAAAGUACGUCGAAGCGCAGUAUUAUUGCCUAGCCGCCACGACGACGACGUCGCGCCCCAGUCCGCCAUGGCUGAUAACGUCCCAGCCCAGUGUUUGGAGCACGGCUAAGCCGACCGUCAGGCCUCCCUCGAGGAUUACCACGCCACCGGCCCAGCCUCCACCACCACCCCCCACGUCCACCCUGGCACAACCUGCGACCACCUUGCCAAGCGUGACGUCCACUAAGGUCGCCGUCGAGCCCGAAGGCGGUGACGGAGAUGACGCCUCUUCAGGGAACCGACACGGUCCGCCAGUGCCGCCCGUUAUGCCCGACACCACGCAGUCCACCACCACGUCCACCGUCCCACCGUGGAAAACCACGAGGAAGACCAUCGUGCCCAGCACCCAAUAUCCGGAGUCCAGCUCCAUCGGACAGAGGUUCGACUAUGGCAGGCAGGUCUGUCCUCCCACGAGGGCCAGGAACCUCUUCUGGAACGUGACACGCGCUGGCGAGGUCGCUGUCCAAAGCUGUCCCGAUGGGGGCAAUGGCUUGGCUAGGUGGAGGUGCGUCCUACGGGGAGAUAUGGCCACCUGGUAUCUGGAGACCCCUGACCUCAGCGAGUGCAGGUCCGCCUGGUUGACUUCUUUGGAGAAACGCGUGAACAACGGCGACACUAUACUCAGCGUUAGCAGCGAGUUGUCCCAAGUCACCAACAACAGCCAGAUGCUCUACGGGGGCGACAUGAUGACCACCACGACGAUCAUUAAGAACAUGGCUGAGAAAAUGGCCGAGUCUAUCAAAACUUACCAAGAUCCCCGUCAGAAGGAGGUCAGCGUCUCGGAGUUGCUGGAGGGCGUCGUGAUAACUGGGAGCAAUUUGCUGGACAAGUCGCAAAUGGCCUCGUGGAAGGAUCUGAGUCACCAGGAACAGAUGAGAGUUGCCACUUCCUUGCUGAUCGGCUUGGAAGAGAACGCAUUCCUCUUGGCCGACACCUUCACUUACGCGAGGAAGAUCAUUCAUACGGGGAAAAAUAUACUGAUGGAGGUGCGCGUCCUCGAUACGCGUAAUCUGGACAAUGACCUGGAGGUCUUCUCGACGGCAUCUCAGCAGAAAUGGACGGCCUCGAACGACCAUGUGGAGCUGACCACGACGGCUCUUCUGGAAAACAGCGAAGGCGGCAUCGUUAGGCUCGUCUUCAUGGCGUUCGACAGGCUGGAGGAAAUUCUGCAACCCCAAAUGGAGACCUCGCCGUUUUCCACGAACGACGACCCCGAGUUUCGGCCAAAACGUAACGUCACUAGGAUACUGAACAGCAAGGUGAUAUCCGCUUCCCUAGGCGGAGGAAGGCACAUCCAGUUGACGGAACCAGUCAGGGUUUACUUCAAGCACUUGACCGCUGAUAACGUCAGUAAUCCCACGUGCGUCUUCUGGGAUUAUAUCAUGAGCGCGUGGUCCGAAGAGGGAUGUCACCUACAUAGGUCCAACGCCACGCACACCGUGUGCCAGUGCAAUCACCUUACGAACUUUGCGGUCCUGAUGGACGUUCAUGCGGUGAAAUUGGACAUCGCUCAUCAAGUCGCUCUCCAAAUCAUCACGUACACGGGAUGCAUCAUCUCGGUCGUCUGCCUCGUUCUUGCCAUCCUUACGUUCCAGCUGUUCCGAGGAUUGAAGUCCGACAGAACGACGAUUCACAAGAACCUGUGCGUCUGUCUGCUGAUCGCCGAAGUCCUCUUCGUAUGUGGCAUCGGACAGACGAAUCAAAGGAUACUAUGUGGCGUUGUCGCCGGACUCCUGCACUUCUUCUUCCUCUGUGCCUUCGCCUGGAUGUUCCUCGAAGGAUUCCAGUUGUACGUCAUGCUGAUCGAAGUCUUCGAAGCGGAAAAGUCAAGGCUACGGUGGUACUAUUUGGUGGCUUAUGGUGCCCCUCUCCUUGUCGUCGCCAUUUCCUGCGUAAUCGAUCCCCUCAGCUACGGUACCGAUCGGUACUGCUGGUUGCGAGCGGACAACUACUUCAUCUUCAGCUUCGUGGGACCUGUGAUACUCGUUAUUUUGGCUAACUUGGUGUUCCUGUCCAUGGCGAUCUACAUGAUGUGUCGACACGCCAACACAACGGUCUCCAUGAAGAGUAAGGAACACUCUCGAUUGGCGAGUGCAAGUGGAAAGGAAGAGAAUGCUCUUCCCAACAAAUUGCAAGCGCACUUGGCUUGGCUGAGAGGAGCCAUCGUGUUGGUGUUCUUACUGGGGCUCACGUGGACUUUUGGGCUGCUCUACCUGAACCAGGAGUCCGUGGUGAUGGCGUACAUCUUCACCGUUUUAAACAGUCUUCAGGGUCUCUUCAUCUUCGUGUUCCACUGCGUGCAGAAUGAAAAGGUCCGAAAAGAGUACCGCAAGUUCAUCCGACGUCAUUCCUGGCUGCCGAAGUGCUUGAGGUGUUCGAAGACGAUGACCGGAAGUUCGGGAGGGUCUUCGGGCACUUCGGGGGGUCCUGCGGGGGCCAACGGCGGAAAGGACUUCCCGUCCCACAACACAUCCUCAAAUGCGUCCGCCCCGACGACCGACAGCUCAGGACUCUCCUUGCACGCCCCUGCCAAUAACAUUUCUUUUAAGUCGUACUCCCGUGACUCGGGGCACGGUGGAUCGGAGCAAGAGGACUCGCCCAGAACCCACGGCUCGAUGACCCUGGGCCACUCGGGUCGAGCCAGGGACCGGAAGGCGAUGGUGGAGGGGGCGGCCGAGGCGGCGAACGGGGUCAGCAUGGGAGGCAGCAUGGGAGUCAACAUGGGGGGCGGCAUCACGGUGGCCGGCAUGAAGACGAGCACCGGCCGGAGGGCGGCGUCGCCCUACAACCACACCUAUACGGAGAUCAGGGACGGCCGUGGGGCGCACCACCCGAUGCACGUGGCCCACCACCACGUGCACCUAUCCAGGGGCCCAAUGGGCGAGGACGACCCGGUCUACGAGGAGAUCGAGCGCGGCGCCGAGGUCCAGGUCUCGGACAUGUCCGACGAGGACGUCAGGCGGCAGAGCGACAUGAGCAGGCAGUCGUCGCGCAGCUACGGCGACCACCGACCUCUGAUCCCGUACUCGCCGGCCAACGACCGCGGCCUGGGCCACUACGGUCAGACCCUGGACCGCAACGCCAUCCACUACGACGCCUCCCAGUACAGCCCGGCCCAAGAGCGGACGUUCAACGCCUGCUGGGAGAAGUUCAGGCGGCAACAGCCCAAGUACGAGCUGGACGAGCUGCCGCGACUGCCGACAGGGUACGGCGCGCCGCCGCAGGACCACGGCCGGACCGUCGCCGUGCUGAACGGCCACAAGGUGGUCUGCCACCUGCAGCCGCAAACCGACGUCUACGGGGGCCGCAACGUCCCGCCGCCCUCCUACAGCGAGUGUUAAGCCCGGCGUCGACGCGCAGGGCGCGAUCGACCUCGGCCACCGGUCGCCUGGGACGCUCCUCCUCCGAGGUGACCGACCUCGCGGCCGCCACCUCCGGGGCCCACGUCCUCCUGGACGUGGACUCGGCUCUUCCACCCCUUCGACUUCAGGGUCGCCAGUGGGGAGCGGAAAACCCACCCGAGCGACUUGCCCUGCUCGGGCCUCCGCAGUCCACGACUCCACGAGGGACGAACUUCGCGGUUGACGCGCAUGGAACGAUCGGAAGUUCCGGGAAGAGCUGGACCCUGAAAAUCCCUCCUCGGCGACGCGUCGAGGGAUCCUCCAGCUGGCCUUUCGCGACCGGCGACCUCGAAGAGUCCUGGCCGGCUCCUUGAGGCAUCGCGGGGAUGGACGCGUGUGCGCGAUAGGAGCGAGCGAGUGGACGAGCGCGUCCGACCGAAGCGAGAACGACGCAGUCCCCGUCGACGGAACUCGGAUAUCGGGAAAUCCGAAAAUCCUCACACAUGUCGCCGAACCGUCGACGGACCGCGACGUCAGGGACUCGCCGGAGGGACAACCAAUGGAGCGGACAAAUCAUAGGUACUGUCGAUAUAUCAUUAAGCGUUAAGGUUUAAGAUUAGGGUACCGUCGAAGUCUCAGUGACGACCUAUUUGUCGCGAGUCCAGACCCGACGAUCGCGAGCCGGGACGCUGGUCAGCGGGACCAGCGUCCGGCGACUCGGAAACGAACUCCUAUCGUCCUGCCAGAUUUGCGCCGAUCUUCGGCGUUCGGGAAUCGCCACGCUUUCUCGCUCGCUGCCGAAUGACCAAACUCGGUGACGAAACCGACGCUCGGUGGCCGCGAAACGCUGCAACGUCGCUGCGUCCUUUGACUCCAAACCACUUCGUGGUGCAAAUUGUAAAGUCGUUUACCAGUACGGCUCUUCGCUUGGAAAGCGUCCAGGGCUAGGUUCUAGAUAAGAAUGCCUAGUUUUGUUUUUUUUUUUUUUGUUAAAUAUAGGGAGGUAACGUUUACCUCCACCCUGUGCACGGAGGGUAGGUGAUCGUCUUGCAUCGUAGCGAUUUUUUUUUUCUUAUUCGUGAUAAAUCAGGGUUUAUGGAAAUACAGUGGAAGGGCUGCAGCGACGCUACAGAGCUGAUUCUGUACUUCCACCUGAAUUCGCAAGGAUUUCUUUCCCUGCGGAUUUUUUUUUCUUUUUAAUUAGAACACGGUAUUACAAUUUACUCUAAUGGCGCAAGCUCAUCCUGCAUGGAUGUUUGGCGAACGUUUCGUUUCUUCGAGGGUUCGUAGAACUUGGAAGGAACCUUGGGCCAUUAGAGCACUCAAAUGUCAUGGCGUCUUUACGAUCUUGCAGGAAGAUCGCGGUAACGUUGUAACCAUUGUAACUGGGGUGUUUACGUUGUAAAGAUGGGGUAUCGUCGUUAACGUCGUAGCGAGUGACGGUCCCUUAAACCACCGUGUAAACGCGGAGUAACAGCGAUGUCAGGUUUUCCUGCAAGACCUUCCGAUGUACCAAAGGCUGUAACGAGGACUCCGCAGCGGUACAUCGAUCGGAACGUAUUUGCCGGAUGUAUUUCCCAUUCUGCAAAAUCAGCGCUCGCGUGGAACCCCGAAACCCAGUGCUCCGGGGGUCCUUCAGUUUUUCUUUUUCCCUUUUUAUCCCGGUCCGUUUUCGAACGAUCCGGAAUUAUUGAACGCGUCCCAAUUUCCGGACGUCGGGACGAGAGCGCACUUCGGCAAAGUGCACGCGGGAACAAGUCUCGGGAUUUAAACCACGAAGCAAAAGAGUACCCCCGCGGGUGGAAAUGAAAUUUCCCCUUAAAUCGAAGGCGCGUAUCGAAAAGCUCGGCGCAGGUCCUGGCAAAAACGCGAGAGACUCGAAAAUUCCUUCACCGAUCGCGUCCUGCGAUCCUCCCCUCCCGCCCCGAUCUCCCUUCUCUGUAAAUUGCUUUCGAACGUUAUGUUUUUGUCUUCAAAAUGUUAUUUUUAUAAAUAUCUCUAUAAAUAUAUAUAUGUAUAUGUAUAUGUACACAGUAAUAAUUACACUAACAAGGCGAAGCAAAAGUAGGAAGUGCAGGCGUAGCGAUAUGCGAUUUUUUUUUUCUUCCGAAUGAAGCGUCGUUCGAGACUUAGUCACUGUUCAUUUUUUGAUUUUUUCCUUUCUUCCUUUCGUUCCCCUCUCUGCUGAUUCAAAAUGAAAACGAGACGGUAUAUCGUAUGCGUAUCUAAGGUGUAACUACGAGAGAUCCCGCGCGCUAUUUAUUUUUUAUCAAUCGUGAAUGUUAAUAACGAUUAAUUAAUCGGCCAGCGACGACGGAGCGACGUCGCGUUAUUGUGAUCGAUCGAUCGUCGCGAUAAUCGCCAAUCGUUGUCUUCCAGGCGUCGAAGUCUCCGCCGUCGUGCGUGCCCGAGCGGACGCACUUGCGUCGGGAAACGCAAUUUUCUUCGUCAACGAUGCGUUGUAUGAAAAAAUGUUCCGGACGAAAGUUGUCCCUCGCUUAAUGGUCGACAACUUUCUUACGGCACGUUUUUCUCCUACUGAACUCCGUUAAGCAGAAAAUUGCAUCCAAUUGGUAGAGGUGCAGCUGCGACCGCUCGCCUCGACAUGGUGGCGUUGCCAGAAUGGAGGAUAUUUCCUUCCGAAAAAGAAACUAUUCAAUUUGGUAAUUUGAUACGACUGAAUCGAAGGGAAUUUCCUGCACUUUGGUGAUGAUUUGUAUGGUGGUUAGAUGUCAACGAAUGGCGACGACGACGACCGCUUUGCGGAGAGCGCUCGGGUGAUGCGAAAGCGGUGCACGAUUUGACCCUUUCUGGGUGGCAAGUGUUGACCAUUUAUUUAUUCGAAAACCGCCGCCGAAUCGUGCAUUCCUUUUCCCGUACACCCGGAGUCUAUGAUGAUAAUACACGUGUAGGCAAUUGUAAUAGAAAUAACCGUAUUAAUGGUACUGCUGUGUUAAGUGUAUAAGUGUUCCCUGGUUUCCCCGCAGUUAAAUUGUAAUCGCUCCUCGUAGCAGGGUGAAAAUUCGCUCGCGGAUUCUACAUUGACAAUUACGACCGCGAAUCGCGUGUAACUCGCGACAUUCGGCCUCAUAUUCAUUUAACGAUCGCGUCCAAGAAUGAUUUUACUACCAAAGUCAAAACCACGGUCGCAUUUUUCGCUCUUGUCGAAGUGUCGCCUUAUCGGGCCGAUGGCAUUAAUUUCCAUUGUUCGCUACCUUUUUAUUUAUGACUACCGUCGAAGGAGGACAUCCUUCCGUAACCUCCUUAAGCAUAUUUCAAAUUAUUCUUGCAAGUUGACAACGUAAGGAAAAGAUGAAGUUUCAAAUCGGUCAACUUUUUUACGAUCUUCGACCACUUAGAAACGACCUCGACAAGAGUCUCGACGCGAGCGUGUCGCUUAAGAUAUACGAGAAAUUAGAAUUGUCUUAUCAAUCAGGACGUUCAUUGUAACAAUUGGGUUUGCUCAAUAUUUUACACCAAGGGACCGGCGAAUUUUGCUUUACAACGGAACCGUCAACGCACCGCGUCGACCGCCCUGUAAAUUAAGAGUUACACCGUUGUAAGAUUAUCCCGUAAUUGACUGCAUUCUCGGAAAAGACAAACGAACAAAGAAAACUAUCGAAAUUCGUGACGGAAGAUUGGUGGAAGUGAAGUAACUACCGAAUGCUUAUCGCAGGAAAAUUUAUUCUUCGUUAAUAAUUAAGAAAACCGAUGUAAGAGCGUAACGAAAAUGCGUUCGCAACAAUAGCGAGGAUCAGUGGCUGUCGCAUUUUCCCUAAUUACAUGUCAAGUGCCGUAUCAGCAUGAGUCAUAUAAUCGAGUCACGCAAUGCAAUUGCUUAGAAAGACUUCGUUCCUACUUCUUCCAACGUACUUCUAACGAAUGGAAUGGCACCAUUGCAGAGCAAUACACUUCUAUGUAAAUAAUACAAAUAACCGAAUAGUCCAAAGUAAGCGAAUCUUCGUGUUCUUUUAAUCGCAACGGCGAAGAGUAAAAAUAUUUUCUAACCAAGUGGAAAACGAUAACGACGCGUUGUCUAAAAAUCAUUCGACAGUUGGUGAUCUUCGUUAGAAGGUGGAGGCUCGCUUAAAGGGCCCGGAUAUUAGACGAUUCCUUAUACGUCGUGCACUUUUCUUCUUUCUAUCUUGCACAAUGUUACGUCACGAAACGCGUAAUCUCAGGUAAUCGUAAAGAUGACUCACAUUCCAUCCGAUACAACUAGGGUCAGGAUUAGGGAACGGCGAGGGAAUUCGCGACGAUAUAUCAUUUACAGGGAACCGGCAUCGCGUCAGAGCGUUUACGUUAUUACGGUAAUUAGUUACGUACAUCGCAUUAAGUAACGUACAAUGUAAAUAGUGUAAAUAGGGCUUUGUACAUGUUGAAUACUUGUAAUGUAAAUGAGAGCGAAGAGACAUCAACGCUGGACAAUGAAUGAAAUGACCGAGCGAAAGCAGGUGAAUGAGGAAGAGAUCUAAAUAAAAGGAAAAAAAACUUACUAGUAAAUAGUAACGAAAGACGAACGACUAACGUGAGACGAAAAUGGCGGACGCGUAAGUUUAACUUAAGACCCUAAACAUAAUAGGUAUGUAAAUAAAUUAAUUGAAGAAAUUAAAGUAUCGAAGCCCAAGUAAUCAUUGGAUAUUUAUAACGCGAACUCCAACUAAAGUAGGGAAAACGAAUGAAGGAUGGACUCAAGCACGCGAAACCGUGCAUCGAUCGAGCGUAACUUUAAACAUAUGCAGCAUUUAUCGGAUGGACAGAUAUACAAUGCAUGUUUUAUCCUUAGCCGUUUUAUAAAGUAAUCUUCCCUCCUGUAUCAUCUCGAGAAUCAGACCGUAACGCUGUAUCUCGCAUCGUCACACUUGUCUAUACUGUCCAGUCGAGAUGUUCCUUUGUUGAGUUAUCGUUUCAGUUGUCCAUUAUACAAUUGCGCACUAUAUUUGCACGCGAAUACCAGGCCAAAAUUUUCCGACUUCGAGGAUCUUUUCCGUUCCCUUUUGUACAGAACUUUCACUUAUACGGUGCUGGCAUAGAAGUCGUGCUCGGCGGAGGAAUCAUGUACGUUUCUUACGGUUAAUAGAGAUUUUCAGAUAAUAGACUUCUUUUGUAUGAUACAUUUACCAGGACUCCGGAGUCCAAUGUCCUUUGGUAUUUGCGAGCAAGCAGCGCGCAUUCGUACUUCAUCGCCUACUUGUGCAUUUCCAAAACUCAAAGCAACAAGAACGUAAGACAGAUAUUUUUCAACUCGCGAGAGCGCCUCGUUUCUUGAUUUUGUAUGCUUCUCUAAGACUGUCUGAUAAAGAAACUGAAUAAAUAAAUGUGUACCAAUCUCUGAAUA